CGACUAAUCGCAAGUCGACUUACCUAUCCCUAAAUAUUUCGAGGUUAUUGCGUUAGGUGGUUCAGAGACGUAACUAAAAUCUAAGCGCUCUAAUAAGGAUGUCAAACAGUCACCUAUUCUUAAAGUCUUGUUUCCCUCGAGCUCCUCUCAACAAUGGAAUUGGACGAUACGUAUGCCAACUACAGAGAGUUACUUUAAAGUUUUGUAAAAAUAAUGGGUCCAGCAAGGGAAUGAGAGAAUUCAUUGAAAAUAAUCUUGUGGACUUCGCUAAGGAAAAUCCAGGCGUAGUGGUCUAUGUAAAACCCAGACGACAUCGCACUCCUGUAUUGGUUGGAGAGUAUUUAAAUGGGGGUCGGGAAUGGCUGAAUUGUCGCAAUUCUACGAAAGAAGAUAUACUGAAAUGGAUUGAAUUACUAAAAACACAAAAUGGACCAUCUAGUACCAUGCGAUUGCGUAAAAUGUGGCAUACAGACGUUCCUUCUAUUCAGGGUGCUUGGACACCAUUUAUGCUGCGUAGUCCGGAAAUGAACUUAGUAACUUUUCCCUCUGAAGAAUACUCAACGCCUUUGGAUAUUGAACAGUCUGCUACAGAGAAGUUAUUAGAAUUAUAUAAAGAGGAAAAGCAAACUUAAUGUCAGGCAACACGGUCGACAUGUUGAACAUUAGGAAUGGGUUUGUGUUCUAAUAACACUUUUCUCCCUGAUUUUCUCUGUCGUCGUUAAUUAUCUUCUUGAUAAGACACAUGUAGAGAUAACCUAUGAAAAAUAAAAAUGCAUGCACCAA